AUGAAGCUACAGGGGUCUCUGGCCUGUCUCCUGCUGGCCCUAUGUCUGGGUGGUGGGGCAGCUAACCCGCUGCACAGUGGAGGGGAGGGCACAGGGGCAAGUGCUGCCCACGGAGCAGGAGAUGCCAUUAGCCAUGGAAUUGGAGAGGCUGUGGGCCAUGGGGCUAAAGAAGCAGCCAGCUCUGGAAUCCAGGACGCCCUAGGCCAGGGGCACGGAGAGGAAGGUGGCUCCGCAUUGAUGGGGAGCAGAGGUGAUGUUUUUGAGCACCGGCUUGGGGAAGCAGCGAGAUCUCUCGGGAACGCUGGGAAUGAGAUUGGCAGACAGGCUGAGGAUAUCAUUCGCCAAGGGGUAGAUGCUGUCCACAACGCUGGGUCCUGGGGGACAUCUGGAGGUCAUGGCGCAUAUGGCUCUCAAGGUGGUGCUGGAGUCCAGGGCAAUCCUGGUCCUCAAGGGACACCCUGGGCCUCAGGAGGCAACUAUGGGACUAACUCUCUGGGUGGCUCUGUGGGUCAGGGUGGCAAUGGUGGACCACUCAACUAUGAAACCAAUGCCCAGGGAGCUGUGGCUCAGCCUGGUUACGGGACAGUGAGAGGCAACAACCAGAACUCAGGGUGUACCAACCCCCCACCUUCUGACUCCCACGAAAGCUUCAGUAACUCUGGGGGAAGCAGCAAUGAUGGCAGUCAUGGGGGCCAAGGCAGUCAUGGUAGUAAUGGUCAGGGCAAUAGCAGCGGAGGCGGUGGUCAAGGCAACAGCGACAACAAUGGCAGCAGGGGCAGCAACAGUGGCAACAGUGGCAGCAGCAGCAGCAGCAACAGUGGCAACAGUAACAGUGGCAACAGUGGCAACAGUGGCAAUGGCAGCAAUGGUGGUUCUGGGUCCCGGGACAUAGAAACAUCUAAUUUUGAUGAAGGCUAUUCAGUCUCCAGGGGAACUGGCAGCAGAGGUGGAAGUGGUGGUGGAAACAAACCUGAGUGUAACAACCCAGGGAAUGAUGUGCGCAUGGCCGGAGGAUCUGGGAGUCAGGAAAGUAAAGAAAGCAGCCAUCUCCUUGGAGGCUCCCAUGACUACCAGGGGCACGGGUCCAAUGGCGGCAAUGUACAAAAAGAAGCUGUCAGUGGACUCAACACUGUGAACUCUGAUGCAUCUACCUUGCCCUUCAACAUUGACAAUUUCUGGGAGAAUUUUAAGUCCAAGAUGGGCUUCAUUAACUGGGAUGCCAUAAACAAGGGUCGUGCCCCGUCUCCCAGCACUCGGGCUUUACUCUACUUCCGCAAACUGUGGGAGAAUUUCAAACGAAGCACACCUUUCUUCAACUGGAAACAGAUUGAGGGCUCAGAUCUGUCAUCUCUGCAGAAGAGGGCAGGUGGUGCUGAUCAAUUUUCUAAGCCUGAAGCAAGACAAGAUCUUUCAGCUGACUCAUCCAAGAACUACUACAAUAACCAGCAGGUGAAUCCUACCUACAACUGGCAAUACUAUGCCAAGACCACUGCCAAGGCGGGAGUCACACCUUCAUCUUCCUCGGCUUCCCGGGCACAACCUGGCCUGCUGAAGUGGCUGAAGUUUUGGUAG